ACUAACCCAACCCAAACCCAAACCCAAUUCCACACUUAAACGCCUCAGCUUAACCUUAACACCUCUCUCUCUCUUCUUCUUCUUCUUCUUCAAUCAAUGGAGAAUCAGAGCCAGAGCACAUGCGAGAAGCUUAACGGAAUGGCUACCAUAGUCGGUGCCUACGUGGCAUCCGCCUUCUUUGCCUCAUUGGAGCGUUGUUCUUGCAUCAACCUUUCCACCACCGACGAUCACGAUGGGAUCGACGGCAGCGAAGAGAGCCACGAUCGUCCACUCAUGCUCUCCGCUUCCAGAUCUGUUAAUCUCAGUGAUCACCGACCUCAAAACGACGUCGUUAACCUCCCUGUCUGAUGAUCUGAUCAUCGAUUGAGGUUUUUUCCUUCUCGGUUUUCUGAUUAUCAUAUAUAUAAUGCUUGUAAUAAUGAUCAAAGAUUGAAAAAAAACCAGAAAAAAAAAAUUAACGCCAAUUGUUUUCGUUUUAGGUAUUGGUUUGCUUACAUUUUUCUUGAUUAUGGUGUGCUUUUUCUGAGAAUUUUCAUUUCUACUAUUAUCGUUAAUUUCUUUGA